CAUCUACGUAUUAGGACGUACAUUGCCGUCCGCUUUCAUGCAAUCAUCAUGGAGACAAAUGGAGAACCCGACCAAAAAAUGAAAAAGGGAAGCACGCAAAGCGUUUCACAGUGGUUUGUCGAAAAAUCUCAAACUUGCUUGAAACAACAAGAUGAUCGAUUCGCGUGUAAGGCCUUUCUCCUGACAGCAAAGAUCCUCUGCCCGCAUGACUUCAAAAUACAAUAUCAGGCAUACUGCUUUGAGAAAACAGCACAAGAUGUCAAACAGGCAGCAUCUAUUCUCCUUGAGAUGUUUAAGAAUUUCCCCUUGGAUGGCAGACUGGACGAUGAAUUGAAGGCUAUCUCAAAGUCAUUACUUGGAGACUCCAAGGACACACACGCAUCUUUUCUCAAAGAUGUGUAUGAGCACCUGCCAACCAAGAUACAGAGGGAAAUACUGGAACACUGUGCAAAAUUAAGCCAGCAGAACCACAAUGAUUUAGAGGAGCUUCGUCUCAAGCUUCUCAUCAAUCAGCGAUUUAACAAAGAUGGACCGAAAGAAGUGUCUCUUCUGUUGAAUAGUAUCUUGGAUAUUGAGAAGAAAGAGGGCUUCAAAAAUGUGGCUAACCCGUAUAGGAAGCUUAUGGUAUAUGAAGUACUUCCAUUUGCACUAUCUAUGAACAAACUCGGCCAGCACUGCUCCUCCAAGGACAAUUCUAAGUGGUUGCACAAGACUAUGGAGUUCUUCAUCACCAUGGCAACACAACCACACCCACAGAAGCUGUCCAGCGGGGAUCACAUGACCAAUAUUGUGUUGGGAGUUGAAGGGUCAGAGCUGUCGAGGGGGUCACCGUGGGUCAACCUCCAACACAUACUGAAAUUGUUUGCCAAGUGUUGUCAAUGGGAGAGCGGUUUUAUUGCGGCACCUGGCAGUGGCUUAGGGGAGAGCUGGUCAAUCAUCCAAAAACAUGUUCAGAGACACAGUAUUAACAGCAGGGAAGAAGGGGAGAAGGUGCCCCCUAAAGCAGCCUUUUAUGCCAGUCUGGUUCUUCUUCUUAGGGCUUCCUACCACUAUGCAUCCAUCAUGAGUCCUCAACAGUAUGGAGGUUCAUCUAGUCAUCACCAUCAAUCCCACGUAUUGCUUGAAGACCUUGAACCCAAGAAACGGUCCAAGAAACACAAGCACACACACAAGAAGCGCAAGUUAGAAGCAGACAAAGAGACCCAUAUAGAUUCUGAUGGCUCAGACGACGUCUCUGAUGUGAUCCUACCCUCAGAGAUGACUCCUCUCUCAGCCGAGAUCACUGAGGCCUUCCACACUGCCAUGAACUGCUGGCGACUACUCAACUCAAACGAUACAUUCAUCAAAGACUUCACCUGGUUGUUGCACAGAUGGAAAGCAGAUACAUGGUCCUGGUUCAAUAGCUUCCAAGCUGACAGACUCUUUUAUCUGGGUGAGAAUGUUCAAGCUAUUUCCAUGCUGCAAUCAAGGUUAAAAGCAGAACAGGAUGAUACAGCCCUUGACAACCCUGAUCGAAUGAAGAUUCUGAUUCAACUGGCUUGUAUCUAUCAGUCUAUGGCAAGGCUAGCUGAUGCAUGUGAUUGUGUUCUGCAAGCCAUCACCAUCAUGAAUACCACCUAUGUGGAGGGUAAUCCAAGCAGGGGCAUAGUAAGUGAAGGAUCAUUGACGGGGGCAGGGAGAUCUGGUAGACUACUUCAUAUCCUUUCAGCCAGUCCCUCUAUGCUGUUACCUUACUGUAUACAACUGGUGCUGCUUGCAUUCAAGAAACGUGUCCUUCACAGAGCAGAUUCCAAUGACACUGGACUAGGUCACCUGAUUGUCUUGAUGCAGUAUUAUUGGUCGAGAGAAGAACCUCAGUUCAAUGAGGCCAUCAGGAGAAUCAGAAAACAAGGCAGUUUCUUCUACCACUGCUUUCUCAACUAUGUUGUCAACAUUGAUAUCCUGGAAGAGUUUGCUCAUCUGAAAACAGAAGAUGGAGGAAAGGUCAAUCUGGAUCUUCUUCCUUCCUCUUCCGGUGUCCAAAGGCAACGGACAGUGACGAGAGGAGUAACGAGAGGAGGGAAAGAAGAUUUCCGUGCUGGUAUGGAGAGACAGGUGAUGAGAAGCAAUGAUAAUGUGGAAGCCGUCAUCAUGAAGUUCCUAAUGGAAGAAAGAGACUCAAUCAAACUCACAUUUGCUGAUAGCUAAGAGAGGGCUACAUAUGCCUGUGACCUGGAGAAAGCAAUAACAUUAUGAAUAUUGUAGGAUUGUAUAAAUCAUGUGUAAUUCAGACCUGAACAUUAGAAGGAAGAAUUUGAAGGGAAAGAGAGACUCUAUCAAAAAGCACAUUUGCUGAGACUGGCUGAGAGUAGACUGGGUAAAAUAAGUGAAAUAUGAACAUUGUAGAAUUUUGAAAAUUAUGAGUAAUUCAGACAGGAACAUUCAAUGGAAGGAUUUGAAACAAAGAGUAGUCCUUCUUUGUUUACAUUUCAAUGAAAGACACAGAUUUCAUCAAAUUUAUAUUUGUUAAUGACUGAUCUGAGAUCGGUCUUUCAAGGAAAGAGUAAUGGAAAUAUGAACUUGAGUGUGUUUCUAUAAAACUGUAUAAUUACCUAUGAUUUAAAUAGAAAAGUUGCCUGGGAUGAUUUGAAAGAAUGAGUCCUUCAAUCUCAAGGUUUCUGAUAGCUGAGACAGAAUAGAUUGAUGGAGUCUGUCAUUUACCCUUUCAAUGCUUUAUAAAGUUUUAAGGGCCGAAAUUUUGAUACUGAAUAUGAUGUAUUUUUCUAAGAAAAACCUUUCUUUCUCCUCAAAAUUCUAUAAAGUUUCAUGAAUUUGAAAUUUUGAUGUAGGACAAUUUUUGUCUCAUGAAAUCUUAUGGCCACAUUAUGAGCUAGAUCUAUUUUUGACUUUGAAAGAAAUUGAUAUUUGGAUUUAUAUGGGAUUUCAAAAAUGUUGAUAUUCCUAAUUGGGGUUCCAAACUGUCGUAUAGAUAAGAGCAUCAAAAUUGCAGAAAGUCUGAGAUUAGGCCUCGAUUGGCUGUGAAUCAUAGUGGUGUCAUACUACCGGUAGUUGCACAACUGGCCACCUACUUUUGAAUGAUAAACAGAUAUAUUAGAGUGAUUUAAUACAAACUCAUAUUUGUAGAUUAAUGAGAACUUUAAAAAAGUUCUAAUAAUAUCUCUAAGUUUCAGUAUUAUCAAGAUUAUAGGCAUAUUAAGAAGGAAAAAAACAGUUCCUACAAUAAAUUAGUGCAUUGCAAUUCCAUUUUUUUCAAAUCCUUAUAUUUUUUAUCAUGUGUGUAUAAAUCUUUCUUGAUAAUACAGUAUAUUGUUGAAUGGUACAGACCAUUCAUUUUCAGCAUGCAUAUCCCGCUGUCUUGCUUGAGCAAGGGAAUGGAUUUCUCACUUCUGUAAAUAAAUGUACAUUCUUGUAUACCUGAA